UGAGAACGGAUUCAAAGAAGCUUACCUUGGUUGGAUGCAUUGUGUUGUUGGCGGGGAGUCCUGGCAUUCGGAGGCGUGCUUCUGGUUGUUUGUUGAUUCGCGAUACAUGAGAAGAACUGCUUUUAAGGGCUGAUUGAUGCUACAGACCAAGGUGCCGAAAGACAUAGGUGAAGAGAAACUCGACUUGAAGAAGUACCUUCCGAGUGUAUUCCGGCAGGCCAUAUUUGAAUAUAAGUAGAACAGCUGGCUACACCAAGCAUAGAAUAGUUUUUCUUUAUUGAUAGGAAGGAGGUGUCGACGACUUGAAUCUUAAGAAAUUGAUGCACUCGAAAAACGUAUGAGACUCCACUUGGCUUCUCCACAUUUUCCAUAUAGUUGAUCGCAGAAGAUGUAUCGGUACUUGAGCGUUCUGUUGAGUAAGCUCAAGACCGUUUCCCUUUCCAAUUUCACGUUGCCUGCACAGCAUCCCAAUUACCUCGUUCCCCUCCACCGAACACGACCCCCUUUCUGCCCUGCCCUAUUCCCGAAAAGUACCACGUUACACAACCCCCGCACUAUCCGUUCCACGCAUGACCUUCGCCCGUACCUACCCUCGCCUACCCAUCUCCAGCCUUCAUCAUCACAUCUCACAUCUCACAACAUCUCUCCUUUUGUUCCAAAAACCAAACACCUUCCUGAAAGCCUAGACGGAGCACAUCUCCCAAACCCCCAAUGCCUUCCUCGGUCACACAUGCAAGCUCUCCUCCAUCACGCAAUUCCCCCAUCCGCUCAUCACCGGAGCAAGCCCUCCAAGCUUUCCUCCAAUUCAAACCAACGAUACGAGGAUGAACCCCCCCCUUCCCGGGCGCGCCAUUCAUUCAAGCGCCGACAAAACUCGAGAACUGACAAAAGAGGAAAAAGGACAUGCCCACAAAACGCUAGCACCAAUGCGAUGGAAACGCGGAGAAGGAAAACCUGGGGUAACACAACAUGAGCAUGAGCAUGGGCAUCCGGAUCUCGAUCUCUCGUGUCCGAGUCCGUCCGUGUGCUGUGUAACCCUCCCCAGCCGCCGAGCGUGGAAGCCCACUCGGCCACAGCGGACUUCGCCGGCUGGAUGCCGAUAAUGAUACGAUGGUCUGAUUUCUAUACCAGAGAGAGAGACAAAAAGGUGGAGU